UUGGUGACCGAUGAAAAUCUAAGGAAAAAGAUCAGGGACAAAGCACCCUUAAAGCUUACAUCGGCUCCGCUGCUUGAAGCACUUGAAACAAUAGAGAAGCUGAAGCUGAAGGAGGAAAAGACUCUUCGCUUUUGCCUUUUCAAUCUACAAAGGUACAUUAAGGAGGAGCAGUUUGCAACCGAGUUCCUUCAGAGAGACGGACUAAGAGAGUUGUGUGAAUAUGCCUUGACAGCGCUUUCUAAUCUCCUUGAUCUUCCAUACGGAUGGUCGACACUAUCUCCUCAAUUUAUUCAUAAAAUCGUGCAAAUUCUUGCCAACCCCAAUAAUCUUGUUAACGUCUGUCGUCCAGCAACCCUAGUUCUAAAAAAGCUGGUAGAUGCGGAUGGAGCUCAAGCCGGAGGCAGCCAAACAGCACCCAAUCAAGGUCCAAUGAAUGGAAGUGUAUAUCGAUUCGGGUUCGACGUUGUAUACGAGCAAAUGAAGCGAGAACGCAAUCUAUUAGAUAUUCUAGUAUCGCGGCUAACCGGAAGUGAAAGCAUGAUGGUGCUUUACAGGUGA